GGCGCCUGCGCGGUGGGCGUGAUCCGGGCACUUAGGGCAGGAUGAACGCUGCUUUCCAAGAUGGCGACGGAGGGAGGAGGGAAGGAGAUGAACGAGAUUAAGACCCAAUUCACCACCCGGGAAGGUCUGUACAAGCAGCUGCAGCAUUCGGAGUACAGCCGGCCCAACCGGGUGCCCUUCAACUCGCAGGGAUCCAACCCUGUCCGCGUCUCCUUCGUAAACCUCAACGACCAGUCUGGCAACGGCGACCGCCUCUGCUUCAAUGUGGGCCGGGAGCUCUACUUCUAUAUCUACAAGGGGGUCCGCAAGGCUGCUGACUUGAGUAAACCAAUAGAUAAAAGGAUAUACAAAGGAACACAGCCUACUUGUCAUGACUUCAACCACCUAACAGCCACAGCGGAGAGUGUCUCUCUCCUAGUGGGCUUUUCUGCAGGCCAAGUCCAGCUUAUAGACCCAAUCAAAAAAGAAACUAGCAAACUAUUUAAUGAGGAAAGCUCUUGUCAGCACUUGUGGAAGGUGGAGUGGAAUGAAGGAAGAGAGAAUGAAGGUAGCAAGACCAGUGAGGAGGCCCUAGUGACUGUCCAGAGACUAAUAGACAAGGCACGCGUAACCUGUGUCAAAUGGGUGCCCGGCUCGGAAAGCCUUUUCCUAGUAGCCCAUUCGAGUGGGAACAUGUACUUGUAUAAUGUGGAGCACACUUGUGGCACCACAGCCCCCCACUACCAGCUCCUGAAGCAGGGAGAGAGCUUUGCCGUGCACACUUGCAAGAGCAAAUCCACGAGGAACCCUCUCCUUAAGUGGACGGUGGGCGAGGGGGCCCUCAACGAGUUUGCUUUCUCCCCAGAUGGCAAGUUCUUGGCGUGCGUGAGCCAGGACGGGUUUCUGCGGGUGUUCAACUUCGACUCCGUGGAGCUUCACGGUACGAUGAAAAGCUACUUUGGGGGCUUGCUGUGUGUGUGCUGGAGCCCAGACGGCAAGUACAUUGUGACAGGUGGAGAGGACGACUUGGUGACAGUCUGGUCCUUCGUCGACUGCCGAGUAAUCGCGAGAGGCCACGGGCACAAGUCCUGGGUCAGUGUGGUGGCCUUCGAUCCCUAUACCACCAGCGUAGAAGAGAGCGACCCCAUGGAGUUCAGCGGCAGUGACGAGGACUUCCAGGACCUGCUUCAUUUCGGCAGAGACCGCGCCAACAGUGCGCAGUCGCGGCUGUCCAAGCGGAACUCCACCGACAGCCGCCCCGUCAGCGUGACCUACCGCUUCGGCUCGGUGGGCCAGGACACGCAGCUGUGCCUGUGGGACCUCACGGAGGACAUCCUCUUCCCCCACCAGCCGCUCUCGAGGGCAAGGACACACACCAAUGUCAUGAAUGCCACAAGUCCUCCCGCAGGGAGCAACGGGAACAGCGUCACGACGCCCGGGAACUCCGUGCCGCCGCCCCUGCCUCGGUCCAACAGCCUCCCCCACUCGGCUGUCUCGAACGCCGGCAGCAAGAGCAGCGUCAUGGACGGGGCCGUCGCGUCCGGGGUCAGCAAGUUCGCGACCCUCUCACUGCACGACCGGAAGGAGAGGCACCACGAGAAAGACCACAAGCGGAACCACAGCAUGGGGCACAUUUCCAGCAAGAGCAGUGACAAACUGAAUCUAGUUACAAAAACCAAAACGGACCCCGCCAAAACUCUGGGAACACCCUUGUGCCCUCGGAUGGAAGAUGUUCCCUUGUUAGAGCCGCUGAUCUGUAAAAAGAUAGCACACGAGAGACUGACUGUGUUAAUUUUUCUUGAAGACUGUAUAGUCACUGCUUGUCAGGAGGGAUUUAUUUGCACAUGGGGAAGGCCUGGUAAAGUGCUGUCCCUUGUCACUGUCACAGCGGAGACUCGUGUGGCACCCCAGCGUCCCUGUGCCCUCCGUGUACUGCCGUUAAAUGGACCUGUGUGGACGCACUGGAGGUGUAGACCAUCUCCGGGCACCAAGGAGGAAAAACGAGUGCCGCAAGGUAAGGGCCGUUUCUGCGCAGGGAACGAGCAGCCGCAGGGCCGCCGCCUCUGACCAUCAGGGGCUCGUGGCGGGAGACGCGAGCGCUGGUUCCAGCCGGGGAGGGCGGGCUCGCUCGGCUGAGCGGGGAGGCUGCUGCGUGCUGACUGCGACGCCCAGCCUGCAGGGGCUCGGCCCUCGUGGCGCAGGUGUCCGCGAGCGCUGCUCUCGGCACAGCCGGCCCACCGCAGAGGUGACGCAGCCCUGAGCCCCCACCGGCUGUCAGUCCCCGCUGUGCCCUGCCUGCUGCCCCUCCGCUGUCCUCCACGUGCACCGUCCACGGCCCGCAGGGUCAGGCAGCGCACGGGGCGCUUCCCCAGCACUGGAAGUGUAAGCCCUGAAGACAGCCGCAGGGCACAUCCUUGUUUUUUGUACCCCGAGCUGUCCCUUGGGGCGUGGCACCUACGGGAGAGAGUGGUGGGCACCACCUCCGAGGGCUUCCAGGGCCUCUGCAGUAGCCGCUCCUUCGAGGUGGCAGCCGCAGCAGCCCCUCCUUCCUGUCCCAGAGCGGGCAGCCGCUGGGCAGAUGCUUUCUCCACGGGCAGCCUUAGCCAGCGCGCUUUUCCCAGAUGGCUCGAGUGUGGCUCUUCCUCGGCAGAGACCGGGUUCGGGCCUCUCACUGGGCAGGCCCCGACUCCCGAGUGUGACCCGGCUCCCUGGGGUCGGGGCUGCAGUGUGCACCUGGCCAUGAAGGGCGGCUCCUCGGGUCGAGCGGGGUGGGCGCCGCCUGCUGGUGUUGCUCUUCGCCCAGGGUCUGCUUGUCACAGCCGCUGGCUUCUCUGGGAUGAGUGGCACAGCGUGCGCCGGGCCGAGCCGGGCGAGGGCUCGAGCUGAGACCUCAGUGACACGCUCCCAGCGGCCGCUGCCCUCCCUCCCGCCCAGGGAAGCGCCGGGUCCGUCUGUAGCACCAGGGCAGGAGGCACGUCUGCCCACAGCUGUCCCCUCAGACAUCUGCGGAGCUCAGGCUGCGCGGCUGGGUGGGGAAGCCGCCGGGACCUGGAGACAGGAGGCUGGUGCAUCCUCGGGGGCCCCGGGCCCGUCCUGCUGCCGUGUUCCUGCGCCCGCUGGGUCCCCAGGGUGGGGGCGGGGACACAGUCCUGCACUGUGGAUUGUUCUUAAACCAGAAUGCUGCGCUUCCCGCCCGUUCCAGGGACAGCCUCGCUCCUGUUGCUCAGCGCUGGAAAGCCCGGCCCCGCCCGGGGAGCUGGCGCGGAGUCACUCGGCCGGAGUGCGGUCCCCCACGGGGAAGACAGCCACUGCCAUUACAGCCCAGGGCUGUCCCCAUCCCGACAGGUGUCCCCGGGCGGACAGCAGGCCACUGGAUGCCCCAGGGAAACCUGCCUGCCUGGUGCCCCGAAAGCCCUUUGUGGCCAGCUGCCCGGAGCCGGGGCACAGAUGGGCAUCGGGACACAGGUGCCCAGGCCACUGGCAACAGGAGCAGAUCUGCCCCAUCAUGUCGGUGAAGAGGACAGCCGUGUCCCUGCUGCUCCUCGCCACCUGAGACGGGGCAAGGCCACCAUCACAGGGUGACCGCAGGGGCGCAGCUCGGGGCAGAGCACUUGCUUGCUGGCGCUGGCAACCCAGGGCCUGAGCACCAAGGGAAGGGAGCGAAAGGGGACUCUGGAGGGCAUUUUCCCAGCGCCUCCACCCUUCACAGUAGCAAAGCCGUUCCAUCUCCAAGGCCUGAGCGCGGGCCGAGGUCAGCGUUCGUGACCGUAACCGGGCCGCGUGGUCCUCAGCAAGCCCCGCCCGUCACACCGGUGACCAGCCUGGGGCCCCUCGGGGUGUCCAGGGAUCGUGUGGUCCUUGUCCUGGCCACACAGCCCCUCGCUCAGUGCAGGCCCUGCCCGCCCCGCCCCUGCCUCGGCCUUGGGCCUCUGGCAGCACUUGGGGCUCCCCGUGAGGCCAGGGAGCUAAGGGUGUGUUUGCCCCAAUUUCCUGAAUAUGGACUGCGGGAGGCUGCGCGGGUGAGCAGACAGGACGGGCCUUCGGCUGGGCCAGCAGAGAGGAAGAACCAGGCCUUCGCUGGGCCUGCAGCCUUCGGCCAGGUGACUCCACUGACAGCAGGACCCAGAGCCUGGUACCCGGGUCAGUGUGGUGGUGCUGACCCCUCCCUCCUACAAGGCAGGGGUCAUGCUCGGAGGGCCGGAGGGGCCGGAAGGUGGCCACAAGCCACCUAGACGACAUCAGAACCCAGCUGCACAGCAGACCUCAAGGCUGGUUACAGAAAAGACCACCCGCCUUACACAGGUUACGCGCCAGAGUAAUUCAAGAUAUAUUCAGCUAGGUGUUUUUGUUUUUUCUGGUGCUGGGAAUUGAACUCAGGACCUUGCCCUUGCCAGGCAGGUGCGGUACCACUGAGCUAUAUCCCCGGCCCCUCAACUAAGUGAAAAACUAAAGUAAUUUCCUCCUGUUUUUUAAGUUGGUGACGGUGCCACCAGGAACCUGCAGACUUCUUGGCUGGUGUCACCUUCCCACGGUGGCCGACCCAGCUCCUGAGGCGCCUCGAGGCAUGCGGAGUUGCUGGGAUCCCGAGGCUCUGGCCCAGUCUGCGUCCGUUCGUCCAGCCAUGCGUGGGCAGGGCAGAAUCAGAGCAGGCACUGUUGCCUUGGGGAGCUGACGGACUCCUGUAGAUGCGGAGGGGACAGCUGCUUCCCAGCUCUCCAGAGAGGCUGAGGCGAGGCAGAGGGCACUGCAGUGGUCACCCUGAGUGCAGGCCUGCGGUGUCCGCCUGGAGCUGCGGCAGCGCUCGGGGCCGCAGUCUGUGUCUGGGGCUGGACGUCUGCAGUGCUGCCCACAGCUGUCCUGAGACAGUGUGACUGGCGCCGCUCGGGCCGAAGGACUCAGGCCGCCCAUGUUGCGCUUGUGGUCCAGCUACGCACCCACCCGAAGCCCCCACAGCAGCGGCGCCGUCCUGACCCGGUCCCUUUGUGCGCCUGCUGGAGGCCACUGGCACUGGGGCUUCCCCUCCCACAGGAAACCAAGAGCCGCUGGCAAGAAAUGCUUCUCUGGAAGUGCCACUAGACAGGGCGACAGUGCCCAGGGCGGUGGUCGGGGAGGUUGUAGGCAGAGCUGGGGGCGCUCUGACCUCCCAGGGAAGUCCCAAGGAACCCAGGCUCCUCGGCCCCACGGCCCUGCGCCUUGACAGAGGUGAGGCCCACAGGCGGCCCCACGCGGCAGUAAGGCCCAGGCCGGGGGUGGACAGACAGGAGGACGCUGGAAACCCCCGCCGCAGCCUGGGACUGGCGUCCUGCCCCGGUGUUGCUGGAUUAAUGGAAACUGCUUUGUUUGCAGGGCGUAUUGUCAUCCCCCAGCCAGGACAGUUCUCCGGGCGGCACUGUAGUGUAGCGACCCCGCUGCGGCUCAGACACCUCCUGGGCGCGCCUGGACUGCAGGAGCGACGGCAACGGAGCCAGGAGCUGCGCGGAGCCGGCGGGCGGCCGGCCGGCCGGGCAGUGUGCAUGGGCCGGGCCGGGCACCAGGCUGGGUGCCGCUCGCCCGGAGAUGCUGCUUCCGUUUCUAACUUGGUCUCUUGAGGCUGCAGUGAAAAAUAAGAAACGGAGAGUUCUUGCAUUUUACUCUAAAAUUCAGUGUACCGAGGUCGCAUAUAUAAUACACACACGUACACACAGUGAGAGAGAAAAUGUUCCGGGCACAGGAAGUCCUCAGCUGCUGCAACAUCCUGCACUGCUCCGACACUGAUGCUUUUGUAUCUCGGCGGUCAGCGACGCCGGGGACGCACUCGCAAGAGCGUUGCUUUCUGACUCAGAUAUGUAAUUCAGGAAGACAGAUGCUGCAAUUUUAAAAAAGUAUUUGCACUUAAAAUAGUUUAAUGCUGAUAGCGAAAGACUUUAAAUAUGGACAGAGAGAACCCUGAACCUCACAGGCAGGGCAUGAAGAGCCCUUUUUAUGUUAGCAUUUAUUUUAAUACAAUUAUUGUUUCCAAUGCAAUCAACUGUGUAUUACAUGUAUAAAAAAAUGUACUAAUGCAGUUGGGGAAACAGAUACUUCCCCAGUAAUUUUUACUAUAUAAGAGUGGUAUUUCUAAUUCACAGAAACAUUAAUAUUAAAACUACCUUGAACACA